AUGAAGUAUAGUGUUUGUGUGUUAAUAUUUAUAGAUAUAUAUGGCUCUUAUUUUUUACACGGUGUUUAUGGUGGAAUUUGGAAUGCAUGGGAUCUAAGUUAUUGGAGAUGUUUGCUGAAGAAACACUAUGAAUGUCCAGAUAAUAACAUUAGAUACUACUUGUAUACUCCAGACAGUGGAGAAAAGAGGAUUACUAUAGAUAUACGAAAUCCACACUCCCUCAACUAUUCAGGUUACGAUUAUAACAAAAAUAAUGUAAUUAUUAUUCACGGAUUUAAUGGUACAGAAAGCAGAUCUCCAAUAACGAUAUUGAGAAAUGGUUUGGAUCCCGCAAGACCAUUGAUUGAUCGUUAUGCUCGAAGAGAAUUUCGUUUGUCCAAAGAAGACGCAGAUCACGUUCAAGUUAUUCAUACCAAUGCUGGAUUUUUAGGAGAAACUAAUCAAGUGGGUCAUAUUGAUUUUUGUGUUAAUGGAGGAAGAUUUCAACCUAGUUGCUACGGUCACAGAUUAAUGAGGGCUAGAUGCAGUCAUUUUCAAAGUGCCUGCUAUUUUGCUCAAACUGUAAGGUAUGGAAACUCAAUCAUGGGUCGACCGUGUAAACCAGGUUGUCCUAAAACUACUUCAAAUUGGGGAGUUAUGCCAGGAAGACCAAUUCCAAUGGGCGAAGACACACCGUUUGGGUAA